AUGGCUGCGCAAGUAAUCAUCAAGCGCCCUGAUGGUACAGAGACACGCUUUGUGCGUCAGAGGGCACGGAAAGAAAUGUCUUGCGUAGACGCAGAGGCUGUUAAGAAGGAUGAGGAUCGCGAGACCGUCUCUGCCUGUCCACCGUACACGGCGAGUUUUAACGCCCUCUUGAAGGAGUAUCGUGAGAAAAACAGUCGUGUGUUCGUGAACGCGGUGCUGGAGCGCAUGCAUGCAGAGGCGAUUCCCCUGAACGUUGUCACGUACAACCUGCUUAUGGAGCGUGUUGUCUGCUUUCACGACGACCUUGUAUUUAAGCUGUACGACGAGAUGAAGGAGGAGGCAAUGAAGGAGAACGGUAGUGUGCGGCCAAACCUCACGACAUAUCAACUUUUAUUCCGUGCAUGCGAGCGGAAAGGUCAGUACCAGCGUGCCUUUCUUUUCUACAAGCAAUUACGAGACCUGAUGCACAUUGUCCCCGAUUCCCCCACGUAUGAUACGCUUCUUGGCUUCUGUGCUGCUGUGCGUGAUGUGGCGCAGGCCUCGUAUUUUAUGGAGGAAAUGAAAAAACAUGGCGUGACUCCUGACGUCAGCACGUACAAUUGCAUGAUAAGUGUGUUGGUGGACAGUGCCCCUUACAAUGAAACACUACACGUAUUUAUGCAGAUGGUUAAGGAAGGGAUUCAGCCCACAAUUAGAACGUACAACACACUGAGCAAGGCAGCCUACAUUCACGGUGACUACGACCGUGCAUUUCAAUUUUUUGAGGAAAUAAAAAAACAUGGGAUGGUACCCGACGUUGUUACUUACAACACACUACUCUGCCUAGCCGAACAACGCCUAGAGUACGUUAUGGGUUAUGGCGCUUAUAAACAUGUGCAGCGUACGUUUGAGCAGCGAAAGCGCGGCCGGAGGUCCAUUGCAGAGCUUGCACUUACCCUGUUCUCCGAAAUGGGCUCCAUGAAUGUGAGACCGAACACCUUUUCUUUUAAUCAACUUAUGACUGUUCUACUAAAGUGCGGUGAUUAUCGAGUGUUUGAGAUCUACCGAACCAUGCAAGAGCGGUACAAUGAGGCAAAGGACGAAAUUGAGUUGCAGCUCAAGCGCCAGGCAAAGAAGAGGCAGUUGGCGAUGUCGCAGGCUGUGGGCGACUCAGUAGUUGCACAGAGAGACAUGCUUGGUAGCGGCACCAUGUCUGUCGGUGAGGCACCGGUGACUCUUCAGGAGAUGAUGGGUAUGGAGGACGUGAGAUCGUCUGCACGCAUUGCAGCGCGUCAAAUUCGACCCAACCUUGAUACCUAUCGCAUCAUUCUGCGUGCCUGCCUUGAACUUGGCUUGGCGCCAAAAUAUGGUCUCUUCUACCACAAGCUACAACAUGAAGGCCUUGUGCCUGACCAUGGUAUAGCAAUUCUCAUGGAAUCGAUAUGUGAAGCCAAUGGAGACAAGGUGUUAGCGCUUCAAAUACUUGAAGACGCCAAAAAAAAUGGUGUGAUGAUUGAUGUGACCCUGUUUAACGUCUACCUUAAUGUCCUCGCCUCACUAGGAGCUGCGGAAAUGAUAGAUAUUGUACAAGAGAUGCAGCUUGGCGUCAAUGCCUUUAAUGUACGCCCCGAUGUAGAAACAUACAAUAUAAUGCUCCGUGGUUAUCUUUGCAUGCAGAGACACGAUGAGGUGGAGAAAUUGUUCUCCUCUAUGUAUUUAUCAUAUUUUCAGGUGACACCUAACGCGGAAACGUAUUGCUGUGUACUGCGGGCUUACCGCGAGAAGCGUGACACUGCGGCAGCCACACAAUUAUUGGCGUCAAUGCGGAACCGUAACAUUCCCGUUAUGAUUCAACACUAUCAUGAAUUAAUGCGGGUAUACUUGGAAGCAGACGACUCACGCGUGGAGGAAGUCUUUUUGUCGCUUAGGAACCCUAAAGAAGAAUCACUGCCGAAGGCUGAUACUGAGUGCUUCUUCAUUGCUUUACAGUACUAUUUGCGACAUCAAAUGUUUGAGAAACUCGAGCGGCUUUUUAAAACCUUAAAGACAGAUUCGGACGUGGAGGCGGAUGCUGGAUGCUAUGGUGUCAUGCUAGAAAUGUUUUUUGCUCAGAAGAGGGUUGCUGACGCCAAAACGCUUUUUGCUGAUUUUCGCAUGAAAUGUGUUCCACCGUCUAUCUUGGUAUAUAAUACACUUUUGCGGAUCUUUGUAUCUCAAGAUGAUACGACCAUGUAUGAAGUUUUGGAGGAUAUGAAAACCAACCACGUAGCACCAACGGCAAAUACGUUUGGUAUUCUGUUGCAGUGCGCUGAAGGUAGGCGUCUAGUUUCUGUAGCCGUUGAUAAUAGUCUCUUUUGGGACCCAGCAAGUGCGUUGGCUGGGAUCAGCCAGGUUACAGAAGGCAGGUGCUGA